AAAUCCAUAACUGACGAAAGUUACACUGUCUAAAUAUGUCGGAACUAAAUCACACAUUGAGUGUUGUGACGACCAAUUUUUACGGUGACACGCAGACGUCAUUUGCCUUAAUAAUAUCGACUGUCUUCUUUGGUGAGUAGCGAUGGCAGCAGGAGGGACAGGCGUUGAUCUCACCAGGAAGUUUGUUUCAGAAGCAGAGCUUGACGAAAGGAGGAAAAAAAGACAGGAAGAGUGGGAAAAAGUUAGGAAGCCGGAUGAUCCAGAGAAAGCCCCGGAAGAAGAGUAUGAUCCACGUUCCCUCUAUGAACGUCUGCAGGAGCAGAGAGACAAGAAACAAGAGGAAUUUGAGGAGCAAUUCAAAUUCAAGAACAUGGUGAGGGGAUUGGACGACGAUGAGACCAGCUUCCUGGACGAGGUUUCCCGGCAACAGAGCCUGGUGGAGAAGCAACGCAGGGAUGAAGAGAAACAAGAACUAUUGGAAUACAGAAGUGCUAUAGCAAAGCAAGUGUCGCCUGACAGCCGCCCAGAGCCCGAGAAGAAGGCAGCACCUAAACAUUCAGUGGUGGAGCAAAAGACCAGCCACUUGUCUCAGGCCCAUUUACUGGUUGGAGCUGUCAAAAGACGCAAUUCUUCACAGUCAUCAGACAGCAGUAAGAAACAGAAGUUGGAAAGCCCAGCAACAGGAAAUGGAGACAGACAUACAGAGCAGGAGGGAGGAGGAGGAGCUGAAAGCCAACAAAGCGUCACAGGCCCGAUGGCCAAGAACUCUUCACCCCACCUCAACUCCAGCAGUCAAGGUGUGCUUCACCUGCCCUCUGCGGCGGUGUGCAUCGGCGUCUUACCAGGACUCUGCAAUUAUUCUGGCAGCAGCGACUCUGACAGCAGCUCGGACAGCGAAGGUAGCGUGGACGUAAUCAUGUCACCGUAUCCAAGGCACAGCAGAGCCUACAGAUAGUCUGACAUAUAUAUAUAUGCACAGUAACACACACGUGUACUGUGGUACAUGUUCUCACAAGAAUUGAACAGGGAAUCCGAUACUGUAAAAAUACCCCGUUUAUUCAAAAAUACAGAAUUAUGGGCUUGCUCAGUAAUGCAAGCCCCAUAGACAGCAGUCUCAUUUUUGAGAUAAACUUUUCAACUCUCUCUGUGGCUAAAUGCUAAUUGCUAGCAUGUUAGCAUUUAAGCUAAUUUACUCAUGUCUAAAGGCAAAUACACACAUGGCAUGAUGUAGGAAGGUUAAAGGACAACCUUGGCAUUUUGUAAACUUGAGGCCCUCUUGCUCGGUGCUAGCAUGAUGACUGUUAGCAUGUUAGCAUUUUAGCUAAUUUACUCAUUUCUAAAGGCAAAUACACACAUGGCAUGAUGUAGGAAGGUCAUAGGACAACCUUGGCACUUUCUAAACUUGAGGCCCUCUUGCUAGGUGCUAGCAUGAUGACUGUUAGCAUGUUAGCAUUUUAGCUAAUUUACUCAUUUCUAAAGGCAAAUACACACAUGGCAUGAUGUAGGAAGGUUAUAGGACAACCUUGGCACUUUCUAAACUUGAGGCGCUCUUGCUAGGUGCUAGCAUGAUGACUGUUAGCAUUUUAGCUAAUUUACUCAUGUCUAAAGGCAAAUACACACAUGGCAUGAUGUAGGAAGGUCAUAGGACAGCCUUGGCACGCUCUAAACUUGAGGCCCUCUUGCUAGGUGCUAGCAUGAUGACUGUUAGCAUGUUAGCAUUUUAGCUAAUUUACUCAUGUCUAAAGGCAAAUACACACAUGGCAUGAUGUAGGAAGGUCCUAGGACACCCUUGGCACUUUCUAAAUUUGAGGCCCUCUUGCGAGGUGCUAGCAUGAUGACUGUUGGCAUGUUAGCAUUUCAGCUAAUUUCCUCAUAUCUAAAGGCAACUACACACAUGCCAUGAUGUGGGGACACUGUGGGACUGCUUUAAUACUUUUGGGACUUGAAGCUAUCUUGCUAGGUGCUAUCAUGGUAGCCAUUAGCAUGUUAGCAUUUAAGCUAAUUUACUCAUGUCUAAAGGCAAAUGCACACAUGGCAUGAUGUAGGAAGAUUAUAGGACAACCUUGGCACUUUUCUGAACUUGAGGCCCUCUUGCUAGGUGCUAGCAUGAUGACUGUUAGCAUGUUAGCAUUUUAGCUAAUUUACUCAUGGCUAAAGGUAAAUAUACACAUGACAUGAUAUAGGGAUGUUAUAGGACAACAUUGGCACUUUCUAACCUUGAGGCUCUCUUGCUAGGUGCUAGCAUGAUGACGGUUAGCAUGUUAGCAUUUUAGCUAAUUUACUCGUGUCUAAAGGCAAAUACACACACGUGGUAUGACGUGGGGACACUUCCUGGACACUUUUGGAACUCAAGGCUGUCUUGCUAGGUGCUAGCAUGGUAGCUGUUAGCAUGUUAGCAUUUAAGUUAAUUUACUAAUGUCUAAAGGCAAACAGACACAUGGCAUCAUGUGGGGACACUAUGGGACUGCAUCAAACUUUUCGGUACUUGAGGCUGUCUUACUAGGUGCUAGCACGUUAGCCUGCCAACCUUUAAGAAAUUAGAUGAAAAUUGCCCCCACCCCCCGGCCAAAAAAAAUCAGUCUCAAGUCUUCUUUGGCGUGCAAUGGAAAACUCCUUGAUCCUUGUCAAUUCUUGUAAGAACAUGCUAGUAGAAAACCUUGAACUUUUCCCUGUUAUUUUCACAGCUGUGAGUAAAACUGUUACACUUUGAACUGCCAUGGGAGACGGCUGAGCAAAAAUACUCCUAAUAAAUAAACAAAUAGCAACAUGAAAACCAAGCAUUUCAAGCAGCUGUUUGUGCUUUUACUGUUGUGGCUAGCAAACAUAACGCUUCCUUCCCUCAAUCACGUCU